AUGUCGUGCUACAUACAGCGAUGCCUCCCUCCGCUCCACCAGGAACCCCUCCCCGUCAAGUGCCCGCCGAUGUACGCUGCCAGACACCCGCCACUGCCUACCUGGCACUCAACACUGUGCACCCCGCAGUACGUGACCCCCUGCGUCCCCCAGCAGCGGAUUCUGUCCUCCAGCUUGUCCGAACAGCAGUGUGUGACCCAGUGCGUGCCGCGGCAGCAGUACGCCGUCAAGUGUGUGCCGCAGCAGCAGAGCCUGACCCAGCGCAUCCUCCAGCAGCCGUGCGUAACCCGCUGCGUGACAACCUGCGUGCCGCAGCAGCCGUGCGCGACCGACGGCGCGUCCCAGCAGCCUUGCGUGACCAAGUGCGUGCCGCAGCAGUGUGUGACCAAGUCCGUGACCGCUUACGCCCCCCCGCAGCAGAGUGCCACCAAGUGCAUCCCGCAGCAGCAGUGCGCGACCAGGUAUGUGACCACGUGCGUGCCGCAGCAGCCGUACCUGACCAAGGGCAUCCCGCAGCAGCAGUGUGCCACCAAGUGCGUCCCGCAGCAGUGCGUGACCACCUACGCCCCGCAGCAGCAGCAGCGUGCGACCAGGUGCGUGACCACGUGUGUCCCACAGCAGCGUGCAACCAAGGGUGUCUCGUACCAGUUUGUGACCUCUUGUGCCCCGCAGCAGUGUGCCACCACGUACGUCCCACAGCAAUGUGCAACCAGGUGUGUGACCAAGUGUGUCCCGCAGCCCUGUGCCACCAAGGGUGCUACCAUUUGUGUCCCACAGCAGUGUGAGACAACUUCUGUCCCGCAGCAGCACUGCGCCACCGUGUGCGUGCCACAGCAGCACUGUGCCACCAAGGGUGUCCCGCAGCAGCAGUGUGCCACCAAAUAUGUCCCACAGCAGCAGUGUGCCACCAAAUGUGUCUCGCAGCAGCGCUGUGCCACCCAGUGUGUGCCACAGCAGCAGUGUGUGACCAAGUGUGUGCCACAGCAGUGUGCCACCAAGUGUGUCCCACAGCAGCACUGUGCCACCAAAUGUGUCCCACAGCAGCACUGUGCCACCAAGUGUGUCCCACAGCAGCACUGUGCCACCAAAUGUGUCCCACAGCAGCAGUGUGUGACCAAGUGUGUCCCACAGCAGCAGUGUGUGACCAAGUGUGUGCCACAGCAGUGUGCCACCAAGUGUGUGCCACAGCAGUGUGCCACGAAGACAUACACUUGA